AUGCCUGAGAUCGAUCCAGUAGAUGAUGUAGAGGAUGCUUGGGAUUACUCAUUCCCACCAUCAACGGAUUCGCUUCCAUUAGAGCAAUCUUCGACUUUGCAGCAACCACAAGCUACAAAUCCAAGACCAACAAGACUAAACAGGGCCAAUUCAGAUGAGCAACAGCUGCGACAGCUUGCUCAACAGAUUGAGAUAAUUAGCAAACUAAAACAAGCUGAAAACUCAGACGCGGGUUCAACUGGUGUUAGAUCAUCAAUAUCAUUGACAUCCACAUUUAACAAAACGCCGUUGAAUCCGUUGACAACAAAGGAAGAUGCCAGUUCAGUGAUUUCAAAAGACUCAAGUACACAACAGUCCACCAGUGAUCAGGAUAGUAAAGACAAACCCCGAUUCCUCAAAAAUCUUCAAAAUAUUGAUGCUAAUAAUCAAGCAACGUCGCCAACGUCAAACAAUUCGAAUGAUCUUGAUCGGAAACUAGGAUCACCCAAAAUUAUCGCAUAUCGUAAAUCAAAGAGAACGGUUAGUGAGAGCACAUUUGAUUCAUUUGAUCCUGCAACACUGUUAUCAACACCCCCUCCCACAAGUAAAUAUGACACUCGAUUGUACGUUGAUGAAUUUUACAAAGAUUCGAAAUAUAGAUACGCCACUAUCAAAAGGAACGUUGAGUUUCAUCAGCUUUUCAAUUCCCUAGACUUGACAGACCGUUUAUUGGAUGAUUUUUCUUGUGCAUUGAGUCGAGAAAUCUUACUUCAAGGAAGAGCAUAUGUUAGUGAAAGCUAUCUUUGCUUCAACUCAAAUUUGUUAGGGUGGGUUACAAAUUUAGCACUCAAAUUUGAAGAUAUAGUUAAGUUUGAAAAACGAUCAACCGCGGGAUUGUUCCCCAAUGGUAUCAGCAUCGAAACGGAAGACGGAACUGUUCACACGUUUGCCAGCUUCUUAUCACGAGAUCAGACUUACGAUUUGAUGACUACUGUGUGGAAGGGGAAAACGGGAAGAACAAAUCAGGAGCAACUGUUUGACUCUCCCCAGAUGAGCCACAAUGAUACAGCAUCAAUAACUAAUAUGACGUCACCCAGGGUUCAGUCUUACAUUAUGUCGCUCGAUGGCGAUGACGAGCCUACACCCGGAGGAGCCCAAAGUAAUUAUGAUCAAGAGGAUUCAGGUGACGAUGAUACCUCUGAUGAAAAUCCAAGAAAUGGUGAACUAUUACCAGCUUUUGGAUCGAGCACCAAACGUACGAAAGUUGCAAAGCUCAAACCGGAAUCCAAAUAUCAAAAUCUUGGUCCCGAUGCUCAUAGACCAACAACUGCCAGAUACACCAAGUUUCCCCAAGAGGUAGAUUUAAUUGAAACCAAUAUUGACGCACCUCUUGGUGUAGUGUUUUCCAUAUUAUUUGGAUCCAAUACAGAAUUCCAAAUUGAUUUUUUAAAACGUCAUGAUGGACUGGAAAUUUCAGAGAUUCCACAAUUCAAAUCCUCAUUUGAAGACCCAACAUUAUUGAAAAGAGAAUAUAGUUAUCGACGUCAAUUGGGCUACUCAAUUGGUCCCAAAUCUACAAGAUGCGAAGUGACGGAAACUAUAGAGCACAUGAAUCUCGCUGAUUAUGUUGUUGUCACCACCACAACCCAGACUCCUGAUGUACCCCUGGGCAAUGCAUUUGCAGUAAAGACACGUUACGUUUUCAGUUGGGGUGAACUGAACAGUACCGAUUUAUUAAUCAGUCUAUAUAUUGAAUGGAAGGGCAAGUCAUGGAUGAAAUCAGUGAUUGAAAAACUGUCAGUUAGCGGUUCCACAACCACUUUAAAUGAGUUGGUCAAAGAGGUCAAAGAGGAGGUUGAAAACCAUGUCGACUAUGCCGAGGGGCCAAGUGAAGCUGUGCCAAAAAAGAAAAAGAAAAAGGAUCUUGAUGAGACAAAAGCGGAGGUGAAGAAAGCGGUGGCAACAACCACAGCAACCACCACAACUGCAACAACUGAAGCUUUGAUUUCAAGGAUCUUGCACCCUGGUUACCUUCUCGCUUUGAUUGUGAUAUUGCUACAAUUGGUUAUCUUGUAUAAAUUGAUUGUUUUACAAGCUGCAUUGGAGAUGCAUUUUCAGGGUCACAUCACAAGAUGA